CCGAAUUAGACAGUCUCUCUCUCUCUCUCUCUCUCUCUCUCUCUCUCUCUCUCUCUCUCUCUCUCUCUCUCUCUCUCUCUCUCUCUCUCUCUGCUUCUCUCUUUCUCUCCGUGAAAAUCUCUAAUUUUCUGAUAAAUUUUUAGUGUUAAUGGAGGAAUUCGAGCAUCUGAUAGUGGAGGAGUUUAACGAAGAGGAUUUCUACGAGACGAUAGAAGCACCCAAGUUUGUUGACCUUACCGCACCAGACCAUCGACCAGAAGGCGAUGAUCGUUACUGGUUCUGUUCCAGAGUCGGGUGUGAUCAGAAGCAUGAAGAAUUUAUGGAUUCGGAAGCAAUCUACCAAAAAUUCGUUCUUCGGGUCAUGGCAGCGAGGAGUCCAAGUGUUCGUCUUCGAAAAGCUCUUUACAGAAAGGAUUUCAGUGUAGAACCUAAAUGCCCCAACACGGUCCCAGCAAAACCUUCGAGAUCACGCGUUUCUAGAUUGGCCAUGAUCUCAUCGAUUCCACAGAAGAAGGCUAAUGGUAAUAAUAUGAGGCCAAGAGAAGCAAAAGCAAUUCCCACAAACAAGAAUGCAACUCCAAAGGCUAAGGUUAAAGGAAAGGAGUCAUCAGUGAUGUCAUCAGUUCCUCAGAAGGCAUUAACUGAGCGAAAGAAGCAAAUGCAGAGUCCAUCAGUGAUCUCAUCGGUUCCUCAAAAGGCAUUAACUGAGCGAAAGAAGCAAAUGCAGAGUCCAGCAGCUUUUAGGAGUGUGCAAAAUCCAAGAACUGCAACAACUAAACCGUCGGAAAACAGAGUUGUUGCAAAGGCCUUGGUGUUUAAUUCUCCAAAGAAGGUUGUGAAACUGAAGAGAUCCGUGGAGCUUAGUUCCUCGGUGAAGAAGUUGUGUAACGGGAUGAGGAAGCUUGAGGUUGAAAACAAAAGAAAUGGUUUGGGGGUUAAUCGUAAGCCUGAGACUUCAGUUUCAUCUAAAAGACCACGAAAGGUACGAGAAGUGAAUAGCCGAGUGUUUGAUUCUGUACGGUCACAGAAACAACAGAUCGAUGGAAAGGCCAAAGGUUCUGCUACUUUGAAACGGAAGGUCAAGGAAAAAAAAGAGCUUUCAUCUGAUCCUUCGAAAUCUCAUGAACCUAAUGGUAAGGAACUUGAGAUUCAACCUUUGUGCUGCGCAAGUAGUGAAAAAACUAGUGGAGAUGAAGUGUUGUUGGUCGGAAACGAGGACAAAGAGAAUGCUACUAUUGCAGCAGAUGUUGAUAGAGAAGACACUUGUGUAAUAGAGAAGAGUGGAAAUGAUAAAGCAAAGCAAUACGAGACUUCGGAGAAUGCAUUAGCAUUGGAGUGCGAUGAGAAAGAAAAUGCUACAAAUGCAGCGAAUGUUGAUGAAGAAAGCGAUGAUAAGGAGAACUCUUCAGCCUUGGACACUAACAGGAAAGUCGACCAUCCCACAUACCCUCUGUUGAAAAAGAAAGUCUUUGGCAAGAAAGAAACUUGCAAAGCCACUCAAAAGGAGAUGACAACAGCGGAUAAGUGUUUCAAUGGCAAGACUGUUCCGGCUAAUACCCGUGUCAAGUAUACAAAACCUAAGCUCACGAAUCCAAAGCCAUUUCGACUAAGAACCGAUCUGGAGAAGAACACAACUUCACGGUUAACAGCUUUUAGAGGAAGACACGAUGCCUCUGAAAAUAUGAUAAAUGCCAAGAGGGUUGCAUUAGGUAAAAAGAAGAAAGUGGUAAGCAAAAGAACUGAAACCAUUGGAGAAAGCGUCACAGAUGAAUGGAGAAUCUAAGGAAGUUGCAAUUAUAAACAAACUUCUGUUUGUGCUGUUGCUUGAAGGGGAGAAAAGAUCUGCAACUGUUCCAAAGGGACCAAACUUUCAUAGCAUUCAUGUGCCUAAGAGUUGUACAAAGAGAGUGGUGCCACAAGUCUAAGAUCGAUUUCUUUUUAUAUAUUAAGAAAAAAAACACGAGAGCUUGUAAUUUUGGUUGAUAUUUGAAAAAUUAAGAGAAGUGAGAUUGUUUUCGCGUGUAAAACUCUUACAAUUAAACCAAAAGUUGUAACUUUGUUUGCUAAUCACUCUCAAAUCGUUUCUAAA